ACGCCGCAUAGUUCUACCCUCACCAUGACCGCCCUACCUCCGUCCAUCGUCGCCCGGGCUCUGCUGCUCGUGACGAUCUGCAGCACCGUUUCCGCCCAGUUCCCUGCACCACGAUGCUGCGAGACGUACUGCUACAGCCAGGACAGCGAUCGCACCCAGGUCAAACACUUUGCCACGAAAACCGCGUACGAGGUCAUCCACGGUCCGUCCUCCAGCCGGGAGCACAUCGUGCCCAAUUGCCGCCCGUCCAAGUUCUGGCUGUUGAGCCGCCACGGGACGCGCCUUCCGGGCAAGAAGGCCAUCAGUGCGCUGCCGCAAACAUUGAAGAAUUUGCGCGACUCCAUCCUGGAUAACUACGACGUGCGGCGCACGCGACCGGACGUAGGUCGUUUGUGCCUGGAUGAUUUGGAGUUGCUGCGUAACUGGCGCUGGGACAGCAACAUCACCACCGAUUACGAGUCGUUUCUCACGGCGCAGGGUUGGAACGAUUUGAAGUUUUUGGCUAAGCGCGAACAGGACCGCUUCUACGAGGUGUUCAACGGUCCGUACGUCCGCGAGAACUACCUGUUUAGGCAUACUAAAACGCAGCGAACCGAGGCUAGCUUCAGGGCGUUCGCCGACGGUCUGUUUGGAGAUGGGGCGUACGUGCAUGUCAACCCCGAACCGGAACCCGCCGACGAUACGUUGCUGAAGCCGUACGACUUUUGUCCGGCGUACGACGCCAACAAGGACCGCAACAAGGACGCCAACUCCGAGCAGAGCAAGUUCCUGCGAUCGCCCCUAUUCCUGCAGACUCUCUCAGACAUUUCAACCCGGUUAGGCUUCCAGUACAACCUCAGCGUUGACCAGGUCGAAGCCAUGUGGGACCAGUGUCGCUUCGAGCAAGCCUGGCACAUCCAGGAGUACAGCCCGUGGUGUUCGGUCUUCACCAAGGAGCAGGUCAACGUGCUCGAGUACAAGGAAGACCUCGGUUAUUACUACCAAAACAGCUACGGCUACCCGAAAGCCGCCGACCUGGCCUGUUACGCCGUGUCCGACAUGAUCCGACACCUCGCCCGCCCCGAAAACCCCACCGUCAUCGGCUACUUCACCCACGAAACGGAAAUCCAACUCUUCCUGAACGCCCUCGGAGCAAAGCAGGACCGGGAAGCACCCCGCGCGGACAAUUACUACGCCAUGCGGAACCGCCAGUUCCGGUCGAGUGAGUUGACGCCGUUUGCGGCCAACGUGGCUGCCGUGCGCUAUCAGUGUACCGAUCCGCGUGAACCCGUCAAGGUGAUCUUCUUCCUGAACGAGAAGGCCCUUAUGUUCGAUUGGUGUAAGGUUGGGCUGUGCGAUUGGUCCGAGGUGCAGCGAAGGUACCAGCGGUACACCGAGGGAAACUGUGCCAAGCUGUACUGCGGGGGGAGUGGGGCGAAACGGGUGAACGUUGGUGAAGGCUUUAUCAUGUUGGUUAGUGUAGUGUUGACGGUUGUUUUGGCAGCGAUUGCCAGAAAGUGAUUGUAAUGUUAGCUUUAAAUAGAUAGUAGAGAAAUAAAAUAAACAAAAUCUUUAAACUUA